AUGAAUCCCUCACCCGUCUCGACCCCCAUCGACGACGUGACAAAUACCACGAUCGUACCCGCCACGACCGACGCCCCACCUCGUCCAGACGCCGCGGUCGACGUCCCCUCAGUAGCGGACGAGAGGAUGCGCGCAACCUCGCACGUCGACCAACUGCACCCUUCGCCGCCUCAGCCCGAGUCGGCCAUCGCCGCAGCCGGCUCACCCCCUCCCAAUAUCCCGGUCCUGCACGAGCGUUUGGUUCACGACGAUCAAGCUUUCGCGACCUCCCUCGAACCGGUUUCGAGUCCGAUACAGCGACCUCCGUCAGUGCUCACGCCCGAAUCGACCAGAUCGUCUUACCUCGCCCCCGAACCAUCGCCGAGCAAGCCGAGACACCCCGCCUCGUUGGUCGGCUUCGAUGACCCCGAUUCUCAUCGAUCUAUCCCUGCGACACCCGUUCGCGAUCGAAAGUCGCUCAUCGAUGACGCUCAGCUUCACACGACUGAGACCUCGUGCACCCCUGAGACCGACGCGAGCGCUACCCAUACGCGAUCAACAACCCCCUCUUCACCACCCGAUGAUGGGUUGAGACGAGUUGACAGUGAUAGCCUGAGCGAAUUUGGCGCCUCCUUGGGACAUGAUCGGGUGGACGAGGGGAGACUGGCGGACGUGGGCGGGCGACGGACUAGCGCCGAUGGCGAUACGGAUCUUGCUGGCAGUGUCGAAGCGGCUACCGCCAUCAACGGUCUUGCAUGGGCAAGGGGCGAUACCAACGCGCCGAACGAGCGACAUAUCAUGGCGCCCGACUCCCCGUCGAGGCCAGGAAAUCCGACAUCCUCCCCAACCACUGGACUACCACCAGCUGGAGCAAGUGUCGCAAGGAGUAACAGCGUGGCUGGACCGACUCCGGCGAUGACAACUCCUCGGUCACGCGGUCAAUCCGAUGCUCCAGGGACUGUGACCCACAGUCCUGGGCGGACGAAUGGGGUCGCGUCGACGCCAACGAAAGAUGCCACGGCCGAACAGAGGGAGGCCAAGCGCCAGGAGAGACGUGAGCGGGAGAGGGAGAGGGAACAUGAGGCCCAUCGGGAACGAGAACGAGAGUCCGCCGCACCUUCGUCGUCGUCGAGGAGUCGUCGGGUGUUGGGGGAGUACACGAUGAGCAAAACGCUCGGCGCGGGUAGUAUGGGCAAGGUCAAGUUGGGCGUUAGCAGCGUCACGGGCGAAAAGGUGAGAAUGCUCGAGCGAGUAGCCUCGAAACUGGUUACGGUCUCACUGACUCUGUUCCUUAUUUGCGCUCGUCAAAAAAGGUGGCCAUCAAGAUCAUCCCCAGGUUCACCUCGACCGCCGCUGCUCAACGUCCACCCCCACCAGAUACGGUGUCGGGCAAACCGGUCGAGCCUUACAAACCACCGACCGCGUCCUUCUUGGCCAAGGCGGCGGCCAAAGAUCAGAGCAAGGAGGUUCGGACGAUCCGUGAAGGGAGUCUGUGCUUGUUGCUGCAUCAUCCGUACGUGUGCGGCAUGAAGAGCAUGAUGGUCUACCCCGUGAGUCCUCCUUAACUCAGAGUGGACCCCGCUCUGUGUGUCCGACCCUCUGACCGUAACUGUUGCUUCCUGCGUAAUAGAAUCACUACUACUUUGUGACCGAGUACGUCAAUGGCGGACAGAUGCUUGACUACAUUAUAUCGCAUGGUCGUUUGCGUGAGCGAAGCGCCCGCAAGUUCGCUCGGCAGAUUGGUAGUGCGCUCGAGUACUGUCACGCUAACUCGAUCGUGCAUCGAGGUGCGUCUGAUCAGUCAAGCCGAGACGUAUCAGAUUGAGCUAAUCCGCAUGUCAUCAUCUCUCUGCAGAUCUCAAAAUUGAAAAUAUCCUCAUCAGCAAAACGGGCAAUAUCAAAAUCAUCGACUUCGGCCUGUCGAACCUGUACUCGCCGACGUCGCAGUUGUCGACGUUCUGUGGAUCGCUCUACUUUGCUGCACCCGAGCUGCUGAACGCGAAGCCCUACACGGGACCCGAGGUUGAUGUGUGGAGCUUUGGUAUCGUUCUCUACGUGCUCGUGUGCGGCAAGGUACCAUUUGACGAUCAGAGCAUGCCGGCGCUCCACGCCAAGAUUAAGCGAGGACAAGUCGAGUACCCCAACUGGCUCAGUGCAGGUGAGCAUGAUCCGCUCGCCGAACACAGCUCUUGGAAGCUCGAGCUAAUGCAGCGCUGUUGGGUGUUCCUAGAAUGCAAGCACCUCCUGUCGCGGAUGCUGGUGACGAGCCCGGCUGCCCGGGCUACGAUGAGCGAGGUGCUGAGUCACCCUUGGACAGUUAAAGGCUUUUCGGGUCCACCUUCGUCACAUAUCCCUCAUCGCACCCCUUUGCGAGCGGAAGAGAUCGACCGCGAAAUCAUCAAAGGCAUGAGCGGCUUCGAGCUCGGGUCCGAACAGGAGAUUUACGAAUCGCUGUGUCAAGUUCUAACCCAUGACAGCUACAGGACAGCACUGCGAGCCUGGGACAUCAAACGUGGUCGAUCGAUAGGACCGAAUGGUGAUUCGCCCGAGGCCGAGCGACCCGCAACCCGCGUUGACGGGAAAGACAUGAAGGGCGUCGGACGGUCGACCGCAAAUAAGCGGUUUUCCGGACUUGGAUUCGUCGGCAAGAAGCUCACGAGCGGGAUCAACGCGGCUUUCAGCAGCGGUAGCUCUUCGCUCGGGUCCAAGAGUCAAGACGAAGCGAGUCACGGUAAUAGCGAAGAGGCCACCUCCCACUCUGGCGGGCCAAUGAUGACGAACAGUCAAGGCAUCAAGCUCGACAUUGACCCGACCCGAGGCUUCCACCCCCUCAUCUCGAUAUACUUCCUCGUACGGGAGAAGCAAGAACGCGAACGUAUUUGGGGCCCAGGUGUCUUUGCUUCAUCGACCCUUUCGUUGACGGGUCCGCCACCACCUCUCGCGCCGGCCGUGGCCUACCAAGCCGGAUCGGGUCCUGUUCCUCCCAGCCCGAUUGUCGGCUCUUCAACCAUGUCCGCGCCUCCACCCAUCGCGACUCCUCGAAUGCCAUUGACACCGCAGCCAAGGCAGCGUGCGACCGGAGACGCCUUCUCAUCGCACCCGUCGACCGCACCCCGAGAAGUCACCUCGAACGACUACCCACGACCGUCGUCGUCGACCACCGGAAGAAUGCACUCGCGUUCUUCGUAUCAUCAAGAUUCAGCGCCUAUAACGGGUUCCCCGAGGCCAUCUGGAUCGUUCGGUGCACGGCCCCAAUCAACGCUCGAGCAGGCUUCUCCGACUGUCGCCCGAAAGUCCCACGGGCCCGUGGACGAUGCGGCGAACUCGUCUGAGGCUCAUCACGCGGACGAUGUACCCCUUUCUUCGUCCCCAACGGGCAACUUUGCUCGGCGGUUCAGCUCCUUGCUCAGCCGAUCGUCGUCGCCCUCGUCGAGUUCGAAUGGUACCAAUCCUAACUACAAGGCUCAUCGGCAACGAGCGAGUGUCGGUGGUGGCUUUGCACACAAAGCGAGUACCAAAACUGCCGUUGCCGCGCUGCCACAAGUGAACGAGACAGCCCCCGUUUGCAACGGUGCGACCUUGACGCCCAGUGGCUCCGACGUCCCCUUGGCUAUCCCUUCCGAAGGACAGGGUGUUCAUCGCGCGAGUACGGUCGGCGAGUCCAGCCCUGGACGACACCACAGAGGCGUGUCGAUGGGCGCGAGUCCGGGGCACACCUCAACGGGGCAAAUCGGUCGCCGUCCUCUGUCGGCAUCGGGACCGCCUGCGGAGAAACAGUCUCCUGCUUCGCGAGCGGCGUCGGGAUCGAUGACUGUCCCCGCCACCACCUCGGGUUUCGGUGCCAGCGUAUCGGAGUUCGAGGCUGAGGAGCUCGCCGAGGUCCCUUCGUCGGGAGGCGAGGAGUCGGGUCAUACGACACACCAGGCGGUACAAAAUGUUGGCUUCGUCGGGCGUACGGCGCAGGGCAACACCGACGUCGUCAAACCCGUGUGGGGUCUGUGGAGCGUCAACACGACCACAACCAAGUCCGUCGCUACUAUACGUACGGAUUUGAUCCGCGUGUUGGAUCGGCUAGGUGUGCAACGUCGUAACGUGAAGAGUGGGUUCGAGUGUGCACACGUCCCUUCCAUCGACCUCUCGACCGUCGGUGGGUUCAAGGACAAGGAUAAGCACCACAAAGGGACGAUCCGACGCCGCGCUUCGAGGAUCUUGCUCGGCAAAGACAAGGAUUCGGCUUCAGUCGCUGGCGAAGAAGAGUCCACCGCGUCUCUUUCACAUAUCCCCUCCCAUGGGCCGGGACAAACGGGCGAACAAGAGCGACAUCCGACCUCGUCCUCCUCGUUCGGUGCGAUCCACGAUGCGCCUCAAGGCCCCUCGCAGUCGCCGACACCGGGGACUUCGGGCAGCGAGGCAAAAUUCACGUCGUCGACCGGGGAGGAAUCGAGCGUCUCGAACGAGAUGAUUGUCCGCUUCGAGGUCUUCAUCGUGCGGAUGCCGCUACUGCCUGGGAUCAACGGGUUGCAAUUCCGUCGUAUCGUGCGUUCACGCUCCCCUUUUGCCUUGGUGUAUUAAGAGGGCUUUGCUAACUAUCUUCUUGCAAUCACACAGGGUGGAAACGCAUGGCAGUAUCAGAUGCUAGCUCGAAGGGUCCUAUCCGAACUGAAGGUGAGAGCGAGAUCACGUCCAUCUCAGGAUGAAUCUCCCGUGAACCCGAGCUGACCAUGUCGUGCGUCGAUAUUCAACCAGUUGUGA